UUGCCAUAGCAGCCGAUUAGGAGUCGAUCCAUCGGGGCGGUCCGUCAUACAUGUUUGCAUAUUUUCCCAAUCUCAGUCCUUCCGCAGCACGGAGGAGCGCGGUUAGCGGCCAACCUGACGACAAAUGCCUGAUUUCGUUGAAUUAUCUUUUCUUUUCUUUACGGGACAUCAAAAGGAAAGACAACCGGGUGUGCAGAAAUUUUCCUGACUGUAAGAAAGUGCGACAUAGGUGUGUUUUUUGAGGGGGAGACAUGGCCGAUGAUAGCGAGUGGGUUUUGGAGAGCAUCGCCGGGUAUCUGGGGAGUCCUGAGUGGGUUAUUCCGGUCACUGACUUCAUGGAGAACAAAUGCACAGUUUUCGAUGACGAAGAUGAAAAUAAACUGACCUACACAGAAAUCCACCAGCAGUAUAAGCAACUGGUAGAGAAUCUUCUGGAAAAUUACAUGCAGGAGGUCGGGAUCAACGAGCAGCAGUUCUUCGAAGCAUGCUCCUCUCCCUAUGCCAAAUCCAAAGCACUUCAGGGGGUGUUCCAGCCUGUGCUGGCCACAGACGACUUCCAGAUGUUCCGUUCCCUGAUGGUGCAGAAGAACGUGGAGCUCCAGCUGCAGGCUCUGCGGGUCAUUAAGGAGAGGAACGGUGCCCUGCCUGAGUGUCUGACAGAUGGGACAGAUGUGGUGAGUGAGCUGGAGCAGCAGGAGCUGAGGAUCCUCCAGGAGGUGCUGAAGAGGUCGAAGGAGGAGUACGAUCUGGAGCUGGCACGUAGGGUCAUGCUGAAGGAGGAGCAGCAGGAGCUCGGCUCGACCUCCACGGGCAGCUCAGACGGGGGGCCAGCAGACGCGGAGCAGCAGGUCCACCAAGCAGAGCCAGUGGGGGUGACGGAGGGGAACAGAGGCAGGUCCAAGGUGGUGGGUGGUGUACAGAUCCAAGACACCGUUGUCACCAAUGGCACCGCAGUGGUUUUGCCUGUGAAGAAGCAAGAUGGCGAGGCCUGCAGAGAACAUGGUGUGCAGAAGAGCCAGGCCACAGUCAGCCCUACUGCCCCAGCCAAGAUGCUUCCAGGACAGGGCGGUCCCAGCCCCAAGGUGCUGCCUGCCGUCAGGGUUCCAGUGAAGGGCGUGGAGCUUCCAACGCCGCCGCCGCAGGUGGAACUCAAGGAGAAAGUGGGCCAGCAGGCCGCCGAGGCCUGGCUGGAAGAGGCCCGCAGGGAGGCGGGCAUUUCCAAGCCGUUUACGGAGCUGACGGUGGUCCAGCAGGACCAGCUCCAGCAGAGAGCGCAAUACCUGAGGCAGCAAAGGGACAAGCUCCAGGCCCUCAAGAAGGAGCAGAAGCCGAAAACAGCUGCACCGGAGGAGAACCCAACUGGCCCAAGCCCAGCGCCCAGCCCACCGGCCAACGUCCCCACCAAGAAUGUUAGCACUAAUGUUGGGCAUGACGAGACAGUCUCGUGCACCAUGGGGUCACCCCAGGGGGUACAGAAGAAAAAGGAGGUCUCAGUAGAAGAGAGGAAGAGGCUCCAAAAAAGGAAACACUUGGCAGAGAAACUCAAGGAGGAGGUCAUCAAGAAGUGAGCUGUAUGUAUUUUUUCCCCGGAAGGACAAUCUUUUUUUUGUUCCAAAGGAACCUUGGAAAUCCACCUCAGGCAGUGUGUGUUCCUGGAUGCGGUGCUCAAGUCCAGAGGAACAGUGUGCUUCUCAAAUGUACAAAUGCAGUAUUCAAUAGCUAGUCAACUAACUUACUGGUUCUGUACAAACGACCUGUAUGCUGUUAAUUUUAUAUUCUACCUGCAAUAGAGAUCUGUUUAAACCACAGAUGCCUGAUGGAUUACAGUACAAGAAGUACAGACUGUAAAGCGAAUCACUCCCUUUAAUUCUCAAAUGACUGUGAGUGUAUGGAUAAAACCACCAAGCCAUGGUACUUCAUCUUCUCA